AGGAGUGGCCAGGUGAUAGCUCUAUCAAAUUUAUGUUCUUGACACUUCACACCAGUCGUACAAAUUCACUAGAAAAAGUUCACCAUGAACCUAGAACAAGAAAAGAAAUGCCUUUUAACUUGAACACGCACAUGCUGUGCAGGCACCAUCACAACGGCAGAUGGGAAGCGAGGAUCGGGAGAGUUUUUGGGAACAAGUACCUCUACCUCGGCACCUACAGCACUCAGGAGGAAGCAGCUCGUGCCUACGACAUCGCAGCAAUUGAGUACAGAGGGAUCAAUGCCGUCACCAACUUCGACUUGAGUACUUAUAUCAGAUGGCUAAAGCCGGGAACGAACACCCCUAGUGCUGCACUUGAACACCUCAGUUCACUAGAACCUCAGAUGGUUCCUUCGGCCCCCAAUUUCGCUCCGCGAGAAGAGUCCGAUAAAUCUCUGUUGUUCAACGCCAAUACUUUCACAGCAGACUACCUCGACUCUCCUCAAAAGCCAGAUGUAUUUGAAACUAAAGUCCCUCUUAUCUCAUGCAACAAGUCUUCUUCACCUACUGCGCUCAGCCUCCUCCUUCGAUCAUCGGUGUUCCAAGAAUUGGUGCAGAAGAACACAGCGCUUUCCGAGGAGGACACCGACGGGGAAGAAACAAAGAACCAACCACAGUCGGGCAAUGAAGAUGAAUUUACAGGAAUUUUCUACGAUGGAGAGGGUGAUUUCCCAUUCGAUUGUUCUUCAAGCCAAGAUAUAGGUUUGCAACAAAGAGAGCUGCAGUUCAUUUUGUGACCGGAUACAGCAACGACGACAUAUCCUACAGAUUUAACCCAAUAACUGCAGGUUCCUUAUUGCGCUUACAGUGGUGGAACAUAAUGUAAAGAAAUUUUGUCCGGAAAAGGGAUGUAAAGGUUUUCUUCAA